CCCCGCCCCCCCAACCCCCCGCGUGAAAGCGAAAGUGUCGGGGCCCGCGGAGGUCAAGGACUGGGGGGCGGGGCCGGCGCGGACCUGAGAGCGGGCGCCGGGCGCUUCGGGGGCCAUGGAUGGGCUCGGCCGCCGCCUUCGAGCCAGCCUGAGACUGAAGCGCGGUCGCGGGGAGUUCUGGGACUUCAAUCAGGUGGCUGUGGGAGGGGCUUCCUGGUGGAGGAACAAGUAUAACCUGACUCCUGACUUCCCCAGAAAGGGAGCUCCGCAGGGCAAUCGGGAAGAAGCUGUGAAGGAACCAGAAAGGGCCCAGGAACACCCUCUGCCCAACUUCGCUGGAGGACAGCAUUUCUUUGAAUACCUUCUUGUGGUUUCCCUAAAAAAAAAGCUUUUAGCGAAUGAUUAUGAGCCCACCAUCACCUACCAGUUUCCCAAGCGGGAGAACCUGCUGCGGGGCCAGCAGGAGGAAGAGGAGCGGCUGCUCAAAGCCAUCCCCUUGUUCUGCUUCCCAGAUGGGAAUGAGUGGGCCCCACUCACUGAGUAUCCCAGGGAGACCUUCUCCUUCGUCCUGACCAAUGUGGAUGGGAGCAGGAAGAUUGGAUACUGCAGGCGCCUCUUGCCCGCCGGCCCCGGCCCUCGCCUUCCCCAGGUGUACUGCAUCAUCAGCUGCAUCGGCUGCUUUGGCUUGUUCUCCAAGAUCCUGGAUGAAGUGGAGAAGAGGCAUCAGAUCUCCAUGGCCGUCAUCUACCCGUUCAUGCAGGGCCUCCGAGAGGCGGCCUUCCCUGCUCCUGGGAAGACGGUCACGCUCAAGAGCUUCAUCCCCGACUCAGGCACUGAGUUCAUCUCACUGACACGGCCCCUGGACUCCCAUCUAGAACACGUGGAUUUUAGCUCUCUGUUGGACUGCCUCCGUUUUGAGCAGAUUCUUCAGAUCUUUGCCUCUGCGGUGCUGGAGAGAAAAAUCAUCUUCCUAGCAGAAGGGCUGAGCACCCUGUCUCAGUGCAUCCACGCUACUGCCGCACUCCUCUACCCCUUCAGCUGGGCACACACCUACAUCCCUGUUGUCCCCGAGAGCCUUCUCGCUACCGUCUGCUGCCCAACCCCCUUCAUGGUUGGUGUGCAGAUGCGCUUCCUGCAGGAGGUUAUGGACAGCCCCAUGGAAGAGGUCCUGUUGGUGGAUCUGCAUGAAGGAACCUUCUUACUGUCUGUUGGUGAUGAAAAAGACAUCCUGCCACCAAAGCUUCAGGAUGACAUCCUAGACUCUCUUAGCCAAGGGAUCAAUGAGUUAAAGACUUCAGAACAAGUGAAUGAGCACGUUUCAGGCCCUUUCGUUCAGUUCUUUGUCAAGACUGUAGGCCACUAUGCUUCCUACAUCAAGCGGGAAGCCAGUGGGCAAGGCCACUUCCAAGAACGGCCCUUCUGUAAGGCUCUGACCUCCAAGACUAACCGCCGAUUCGUGAAGAAGUUUGUGAAGACACAGCUCUUCUCCCUUUUCAUCCAGGAGGCCGAGAAGAGCAAAACUCCUCCUGCAGGCUACUUCCAACAGAAAAUACUUGAAUAUGAGGAACAGAAGAAACAGAAGAAAUCAAGGGAAAAGUCGGUGAAGUAAGAACUGUGGUGAGCGAGAGACUAGACCUAAAGGCCAGUUCUGGACUUCGGCCCCUGCCAGUGUGGUAGGAUCAGCGAAGCGCUCAGCCCUCGGAAUCCACAGCCUCCUCCCGAGUCCUGGGGACCAAGUUUUGCUUCAAGCUGGUGUCUGAUUUGGGGCUAAUUCCACCUUUCUCAAGACUUUGGAGGGCUGUGACCCCAAGCUCACAGAACUGGGCUCAAAGCUACAUGUUUGACAGCUGUGACACAGGGGAGGUAAUAGUAGUAUAGGUGUUGCAGACAUUUGGUUAGAGGCUGCUACAACCACCCUUUCCUGGGAAUGACUGUUAAAAAACCAGCAAUAGAGAUCGCAGUUGUGGCCCAAAGGUUCAGCUCCUCCACACUGAAAAAAAAAGGAGGUCUAUGGAAAUGUGAGGAUGAGAAUAAAGAUGGAAAUCUCA